AACUGCGUUGGCUCUUUCGUUUGACAGGUUUGAUUUUGAUAUUCCUCGUUCGUUAUUAUUCUCAGCUUGUUGUGUUUUGUGUAGCGCUCUCGGCAAAAACAAACUGGUUUCGUACGAGGGUUGCUGGUUGCUGCCUUUGCCUUGCUGUUCGUUCCUGCGCUGCGACAUUCGCAGAUCGCAGUUCUUUUCGAAGGUAAAAAGAUAGCAGCUAGUGCGGUCGUUUGUGUUGGUGAAAUAGUCGACUCGACGAGGAAUGACAGCUCAAAUACGAAGGAAAAUGUACGACGAUGCGCGACGGCUUUCGAAAAUUUAGAGGAAAAAUCUGUUUUUAGUGUUUCGGUGCAAUAUUUCUGGUGAUAAAGGGGUGGACCAAAGUUGUCAAAAAUUGGUGGUAUAUUGAAAUUCUAAGUGCGUGAAAGCAGUAUGCGGUUCUGGUGGUAAGUUUUCGAGCUGUGUUGGAAUUUUGUUUAUCGGUGCGAAUUUCUGUGGGACAGCAGGCUGUCUGAAAUGAAGAAAAUAUACGAAAAGAUGGCUCUUGUGGGUGCAAACCGAGGCUCGAAGGAUCAGUAGUGAAACUGUUGUUUGUGAUUUCCAUGCUGCCUGGAUGUAAGAUCUUAAUUAGUGGCACCGAUUAUCUGAACAGUUUCGUUGCUUUGUGGCACUGGUUAUGCUAGAUAGAUGACGACGGUAUAGUUGGGGCCGAUUGGAGUUCUAAGUCUACAUAUCAACAGAGCACAGUACUUUCCUUGUGGCUUUGCCGAGUAGUUUGCGUUCGAUAGAUCGUGAUAUUGACAUCGAAAUGGUGUUAAUUUGAUUGAUUGACUGGAAACAUGGCAAGCGCAACGGUUACUCCAGUGCUUUAAAACCUACCGGCGCAUUGAUAUCGUAGAUAAUAUCGCACCAGCAACUAGCAAUGAUUGGCGCGGCGUGAUGUGUCUUGUCACUGGCAGUCAUCAGGGUAGAUGUAAUGAUUGCUGUGUGGUUGCUCCUUAAAUUAGUUCCAUCUGUUAUUUACUUGGUGCUCUGAACGGUCGAUUACUAGAAAAAAGUAAACUAACGUAAAAAUAGUGCAAGUGUCGUGGGUAUCUGCCCUGGAACCUGUAGCGGUCAAAACCAGAUAGAGUAGCAACAACAUCUCAUUCAUUCGGCUCUGCCUGACCGUACGGACGUGUGAUUGUACUGUGCUCCUAGUGGUAAACAAAUGUAGUGUUUUUAUUUCCAGUGAACGCAUGUGAUUGGAGUUUCCCGUCUUGCUGUUUUCAUUUUUAGUUGCAUCAUAAUAAUGAACUGUAAAGUGUGAUAACGAAUAUACACCAACUAGUGGAUCGGCAGACGAAAGUCAGCGUAAAAAUGAACAAAAAACGUUGAUAACGCUAUUUUCGCUAGUACAUAAUAGGAGUCCAGUAGGAGGAUGCUGUUUUAGUGAAUGUCGGUGCAUCGAAUCAUAAACGAGACUGCCAAUACUCUGUGCUUUCCUCCGAGAUCAUGUCCGAUGAGUGCAAAUGUCAGGUGUACGUUUAUUUGAAAGAUUGUUUUAUCGACGUUCCGGUUAGCGACGAAGAUACCUGCGAAGAUCUUUGCUUGGAGCUUUGCCAUCGGUUUGGAAUCGGGCCCCUGGUACAACCGCUAGUGGGCUUGCGGAUAUACGAAGAACGAUGGUUUCUGGCACCGUGUGCCCGGCCCCAAGCCGGCAAGAAAUACGAGUUUCGGGUGCGAUUCAAGAUUCCCAAACUGUCGAAUCUGAAAAAGCUGGACCGUGCCCUGUUCAAUUACUACUACUACCAGCUGCGGCACGAUCUGCUGCAGAGCAAAAUCACCGAGAUCGAGUACGACGAGUACAAAAACAAAAUCCUGGGCUAUGUCGUCAACGAUAUGUACCGGAAGAUGGUCGAGGAUGGCGUGACCGUGAACGACCUGAAGCGUACCUAUGACGAGUACAUCCCGCGCAAGAUCAACAAGGAGCACUCGCUGCUGUUCUUCAACUGGGCCCGCUCGAAGGUGUUUAAUUCGCUGAAUAAGAUCUGUUAUAAGGAUCAUGAUGUAGAUUAUGUAAAAAGUGUAUAUAUCGACGAUAUAGACAACAUUGCGCCCGGUUAUCUGUACGAGGAGUACAGUGGCAGCAUACCGUACCCCCCGGAGGACGGCAUACUGAAACCGGGCAAGUGCCGAGUCAAAGUCAAGUUCGUACCCUACUGCCAGAGGGUAGCUUCGAGCGAAAAGUCGGGCAAAAAUGUGCAAAAAGAGGACGGCGAUUCGCUGCCAGGGCUGAAGGUGUUCUAUUCGCGCGAGUGGCGACACAUUGCGAAUAUUGAGGAAAUAUUUACUAUACUAGUAGAAGGUCUAACGGUGAAUAUUUCACUAAAGGAUCAGUCGAAUCUUUACUCCAUAGACUUUAACAGUCAGACUGAAUUAGAUUCAUUCGUAACGUGCUUAGCUGGUUACUAUAGAUUAAUGUGUAAGUGGACAGUGUACCUAUGUAAACCAUACUUGUACUCACCUUCGUUAAAUAGACUAACGGAACUAAAAUGUCAUGGGCCUAUUGGAGGAAAGUUCUCCUAUCGUAAAAUAGCAGAGAAGAAUAGCAGCAUCGGUGCAAACAUCGUACGUCAGUGCGAAUCCCACUGUGACACUUACUACGUAGACAUUCUGGAACGCGAGAAUCAGAUGAAGACUUAUAAACUAACUUACGGCCAGAAUCGCUGGCAUGUGCAUCGGGAAGCCGGCGAAGUGAGCACCUACGACGAGCUGCUGGACGCGCUACGAAAUCUCAACCCGGAUAUCAAAAACCUGUACCGGCUGUCACCGACGGAGCACGACAAGUCGCCCAACCUACUGCUGUGCCUGCCCGAAAGCGAUAUGACCUCGAAGCGACUGCUGGACGCGCAGGAAAUGCGCCAGAUUCGACCGCAGAUCGUUACGGCAGCUAAGGAGUUGGUGAUCAACAGAAAUGCAUUGAAGAAAGAAGCUGAUGGGUUUUUCGAACGCACUAGAGCUGAACUAUUGCUUCCAAAUAAUGCUAAAAUGGAGGUUACGUUGCGACUGCUCCGAAAUGAUAAAAAAGACGAAUUUUUGAGUGAUUUCCUUCAAUUGACCGAUUUCUGGGCAAACGUAGACUCGUUGGACAUUAUUAAGUUGUACGGCGUUACUUUGUUCAAACCGGUCGCAAUGGUGCUGGAAAGCUACCGGGAAGGACCGCUGGAUGAGUUUCUUCGGCGACAUCCGCGUGUUUCACUUUCGUCCCUAAUUGAAGUCGCCCAUUCGCUGGCGCGUGCUCUCUAUUAUCUGCAGGAAAACGGACUCGUUCACGGUCGGCUACGGUGCUCGUCGAUGUUGGUUACGCAGUACGAACGAAAUGAGAACAGAAUUGUUGCGAAGCUUGGUGAUCCGGGACUGCGCCAGCAGCAACAAUACACUGAGCGGGAUUUGCUUUGGGUACCGCUGGAGUACCACGAGCUAGGGCCAAGGGAAGUGCAAUUGUUGAAACAGGACAUGAAGGCCGAUGUGUGGGCCUGUUCGACGACUCUGUGGGAAAUAUUCAGCCGAGGCAAACGGUUGUUGGUGAAAAAUGCAAAACAAUUCCUGGCCAGCGGGCAUCGGCUGGGAGCACCAGCGGAAUGCAAAGAUAUUAAGGAAAUCUACCAGUGCAUGUACAAUGGAUGGUUGGUAGAUCCGGACAAGCGCUUUGCUCCGCAGAUGAUCAUUUCAAAAUUAGUUCAAGCCAAGCAAAAAAGCAACUAUUGUGUGAUAGGCAACGGUACAGUAAACGGAACAACGAAUUCAACCAACGGUUCUUAUUCUAAGCAAAGCAUUUUGUCCAUAGAAACUGAUUCUACUUUACUGCAAUCUCGCGUCGAUGUGUCCAGUUCGUCCUACGUGAGCAAUGGCAGCGACUGCGAUGGUGGCAGUAACGCAUCCAGCGAGUGUAGCUCACAUCCUUUAAUCUCAAACGGGGGUUCUAGUCAUUACAGUGCUGGGUCGUACAGUGGAUGGGGCCAAAGCCAAGCCGAGCGUUUCCUGUAUGACUGUCCGGAUUUCAUCGAGUUACCAUACGGUGCUAAGGUCAUAUUCCAAGGCGAACUGGGACAGGGUCACUACGGCAAAGUCUACCGGGGUUGUAUCGACGAUGGAAAAUACUCGAUCCAGGUGGCGCUGAAAACGAUCAACAAUUUCGGCAACGCAAUGGACAUGGACAAAGCGGUCAAAGACUUUAAGCGGGAAGUUUCGAUUAUGAAGCGGUUAAACCAUAGGAAUAUUGUUAAGUUUAUUGAUUUUAUCGACGAGCCGGACAAGCUGGUAGUGGUUAUGGAGUACGUAGAGAAUGGCUCCUUGUUGGACUUUUUGAGUUACAAGCGGUAUGAUUUGAAUAAGCUGAAUUUAUUGCGGUUCGCUAAGGAUAUAGCCAAUGGAAUGGAUCAUCUAUUCGAGAAGAAAAUUAUUCACCGCGAUCUGGCGGCGCGCAACAUUCUGGUGCGUGAUGUAGACUGCGUUAAAAUCUCCGAUUUUGGCCUAGCACAGGUUACCGACGGCGGUAAUUACUACGUGGCGCAAAGCAGUCGCCAUCUUCCGAUCAAGUGGUACGCACCGGAGACACUGUGUACGCAGAAAUAUUCCUUCCAGUCGGACGUUUGGUCCUACGGGGUGACGCUGUACGAAAUGUUCACCUACGGUGACACGCCCUACCCGAACGUAGAAAUUCGAAAUGGCGGCCAACUGUACGACCUUAUCAUGCAUGGUGGCAUCAGACUGGAACUACGCGGCAACGAUCGAGAUGUGUAUGAACGACUGAUGGUGCCCUGUUUCAAUUUAGACAACCAGCAACGUCCCACGUUCCAGCAGCUGUUGGAAAAAAUCGACGACCUAAUUAAUCAAUAUGGCGAAUCCAUUCAGCCACUGUAAGGUAAUUUUUUUCUAUGUUUAGUAAGCAGGGAAGUCGUACGAUUGCAUGUCAGGUACUGGUACCCGAUGUGUUAGGCGCGUUAUAUUGAACAUUUACCACACGUUUGUGAGUGAACGAACGUCGCAGUUGCACUUUUUUAGGCUAGGUAAAAUAGUUUAAAUUUCAAACGAUGCAAAAAAAAUAUUCAUUUUACGGAGUACGUACUACAACAGAUCUUUAUGCUUCAACAGUUGAAGGUAAAUAAUCGAACAGUGCACAGAUUAUUUUUUUGCACGCCACUGCAAUGUAUUUAACGCGCCCAUGCGUGUAUAGAUGAGGUGCACGCACUACGAAUACAAGCUCUUAGUUAGUUAUUACUGGUCUACUUGUACUGUAAAUAAGUGUAGCUCAAAUAUUUCCAGAAACAAAAAAAAAAAAACUUGAGAAACAGUGCCCGUCUAACUAUGCAUAUGUGUCUUACGUAAUAAUUGUUACAAUUAUCUACUAUAAGUGAAGCUUUGUGCUUCGAAUCCUGACUUUUUAGCAUAUAUUAUUCAUGUUAAUCAUUGACCACUUCAAUGCCCAAAUCGAACACCGGUGGUCGUCUGGUUUAUGGUCAGCUGAAGGUGAAAGUGAGUAGUCGACAGAAUCGAAAGUUUAUUCUCAAAGUGCCACACCUAGACGAGGUCUCAGUACCUCGGUUCCCACCCCUCCGCGUCUAGAUUUAACGUUAGCGUUUUAUUGUUUAUUUUAUGUUUGCAUAUUACCUAGUGUGUGUUAUGUUAUUGCGUCCUUCUGCCGGAUUCAUUUUUUCCGGAUUGUUGAGCUUCCUGCGUGUGUGAGUGCUAAGAAGAUUUUUUCAUGUUUUUGUUGCACAAAAUCCCCUCCUAUUACGAAGCUAAUCUUCAACUUAAACUCAAUCGAGCAGCAAACAUUUUUUUAAAUCAGAUUCUACUAUAAUACUUAUUAUUGUGUUAUACAGUCCAUUGUUCGUUGCUUAUUAGCUAUCGAAUUAUUUUACUUACCUACGUUUAAUCCUAACCUAACACAAUGAGAUGGAUCAGAGAGAUUUUAUUAGUUCCAUAUCAAAUAAGAGAAAAUAAUUGAGCCUGAAAUAUAAGUAAGUGAGAAAUGACGCAAAACAUGAUCAACCUUCUUAGAUAAGACGAACAUAUUUUGAAUUUACAAUGUACUGAAAUUGAACGAGAUAACAGAAAAAAGAUUUAAAAAACUUAAAUAAAUAAGUGUAUAUGAAUGUUUCACU